UUUAUACACAUUUUAAAGGUGUACAUACUCGCAUGAUUCACACCUGACCUACUUCUCCUUGUCAAACAUUUCUCUGCUUUACCAGACCGUGUAAUGGACAUAUUGCAUAAUGCCAAGACUUCCAUGGGAUUUAUACUAAUAUAUACGGAGCUUGUAGAUAUGCCACAUCAACGAUGAGGAAGAUAAGGUCACCUUUAAUGCCGUGGAUUUAUGCGUAUAGGUUCAAUCGUCGAAGAUCUGUGUGUUCCAUUCGUCUGAUGUGUCUAAAUCGGAUUAUGUGAACAAGAGCUGAACAGUGUGGUAUAUAACAUGGGUAAGAAGAUCUGGAGAUGCAGCAUAGUCUGUCUUGGUUUAGGAAUCCUCACUGUAAUUUCUGGAAUCGCAAUGAUCCCGCUAUUGCGAAUAUUCAUCAACAAUAUGAUAGCAAAGGAAGUUACUCUGGAGGAUGGAACCUUUGUAUACAAAGCAUGGAAGGAACCGCCUUUUCCGAUUUAUUUUGAAUUUUUUUUCUUCGACGUACUUAAUCCGGACGAAGUCACGAAAAUGAACAAGAAAAUGGCAGUCAGACAACGGGGUCCAUACACAUACAGACUGAUAUCAACAAAAACUAAUAUCACAUUCAACGCAAAUGGUACAGUGUCCUAUCGUGAGCCUGAUACAUACGUGUUUGACCGAUCGAGGUCAGUGGGACCAGAGUCGGACACAUUUUUAACGCUCAACGUAAUUUUACUGACGAUAUUCAAUACAAUCCGAUAUGAGUAUGAAUUCGUCAAACUCAUGACGGAGUUGUUGGCGGACUCGGUAGAUGACAACCAGCUUUUCAUUCGUCUUUCUGUCCAUGACAUCCUUUGGGGUUAUGAAGACACAAUACUCCGUAAAGUCAAGGAAGAGUUACAGGUGUUAGACAUCCCGUUUGAUGACCAUUUCGGAUUUUUUUACAAGUUAAAUAACUCGGACGAUGGCAUUUGGACUAUAGAAUCUGGGAAAAGAAAUACAGCAAAUAAUUUUGACAUUCGCUUUUGGAACGGCAAAAAUAUGUUAGACUACUGGAGUACAGAAGAGAGUAACAUGAUCAACGGAACUGACGGCAACCUUUUCCAUCCAUUCGUUAAAAAAAAAGAUCAUCCACCUUUCUUUUUUUCGCAGCUUUGCAGAUCAAUGACGGUGGAUUACGAGAGAGACACAGUGGUGCAUGGGAUAGAUACAUACCGAUUCACCCAUCCCCGUGAUAUAUUCGACAACCCUGAUCAGAACCCUGCCAAUGAAGGAUUCUGUACUCCAAUGAACAACUGCCCACCCAGUGGGCUGUACAAUAUCAGCGUAUGUAGGAAAGGGUCUCCAUUCUCUGUUUCCAUGCCACAUUUCCUAUAUGCAGAUGAAAGUGUGAUAAACGGCGUGCAAGGAAUCCGCCCUGAUGCAGCCCUCCAUGAAUCAUAUAUAGAUGUAAUGCAUGAUAUUGGAUGCGUGUUGAAAACGGAGAGGAAAUAUCAAAUAAAUAUGCUGGUCAGAAAUAAUCCAGAUUUUACAAUUGUCAAGGAUAUAAAGGACGUUUAUUUUCCGAUAUUUUGGUUUAAUGAGAGUACUGUUGUAACGGAAGACUGGGCGAAAUUCAUCAAAUCGUCAUAUCUUCUACCUGUAGGCAUCGCCUCCGACAUACCGUACAUAUGUAUAGCAGUCGGGACACUAGUAACUUUUAUCAGCUCUGUCGCCAUUCACAGACAACGACGGAAAGCAAAGGCCAAGAUUCACGAGGACCAAAAACUUGACCCGUCUGAAAAUACAUCCCUAUUAGUGAAUGAGUGACUUUAUGAAGGAUAUAGGACGCCUUGAAUUUCUCUCAAUCGCCACAGUAAAUCACAUUCGUCGCCUGUAAAAGUGACCCAUCACCAACGUCCAAUUGCAUGCAUUCAACCGGAGUGAAGCAUUAUCAUUGACUUCGUGUGUUCAACAACUAUGGCGCGUUAACAUCGACUUCGUGUGUUCAACCACUGUGACGCAUCAUCAUUGAUUUACUUCGUGUGUCCAACCAAAGUGACGCGUUAUCACGGCUUUAUUUUGUAUUCUGCCGUUUUUACGUAUCGCCGUCGCUUUACUGAAUGUUUUCUAGGAGUGUGAACAUCGCUUUACUCGAUGUGUUUAGACAAAGUGCCAUAUCAAAGCCGGCUUACUCUGUGUGUUCCGGCAAACUGACGUAUCAACAUAGCGUAACCUGUAGUAUUCAGCCACUGUGACGCAUCACCAACAUCAAAUUGCAUGCAUUCAACCGGAGUGAAGCAUUAUCAUUGACUUAGUGUGUUCAACCACUGUGACGCAUCAUCAUUGACUUCGUGUGUUCAACAACUGUGACACAUCUUCAUUGUCUUCGUGUUUUCAACCACUGUGACUCAUCAUUAUUGUCUUCGUGUGUUCAACCACUGUGACACAUCAUCAUUGACCUCGUGUGUUCAACAACUGUGGCGCGUUAACAUUGGAUUCGUGUGUUCAACCACUGUGACGUAUCAUCAUUGACUUCGUGUGUUCAACAACUAUGACGCAUCAUCAUUGACUUCGUGUGUUCAACAACUGUGGCGCGUUAACAUUGAAUUCGUGUGUUCAACCACUGUGACACAUUGUCUUCGUGUGUUCAACCACUGUGACACAUCAUCAUUGAAUCCGUGUGUUCAACAACUGUGGCGCGUUAACAUUGAAUUCGUGUGUUCAACCACUGUGACGCAUCCUCAUUGUUUUCGUAUUUUCAACCACUGUGACACAUCAUCAUUGAAUCCGUCUGUAACGCAUCAUCAUCAUCAUCGACUUCGUGUGUUUAACCACUGUGACGAAUCAUCAUUGAUUUACUUAGUGUGUCCAACCAAAGUGACGCGUUAUCACGGCUUUAUUUUGUAUUCUGUCGUUUUUACGUAUCGCCGUCGCUUUACUGAAUGUUUUCUAGGAGUGUGAACAUCGCUUUACUCCAUGUGUUUAGACAAAGUGCCAUAUUAACGCUGGCUUACUCUGUGUGUUCCGGCAAACUGACGUAUCAACAUAGCGUAACCUCAAGUAUUCAGCCACUGUGACGCAUCACCAAAGCCUUAUUAGCGUACUAGCGCGAUUGUGUGGUCUGAGAGUGGCGUAUCGCUAUCGUAUAAUUUCAUGUGAUUGACACAUAGUCAUAUCGAUAUCAUAUACAGUAUUAUGAUAAAUGACUUUUAUUUAUAAAUCAUUUACAGUGGUUAUAUUUUAUUUAUUAUUAAAUACAAUUUGGUUUUUAAUUUUGA